UUUUUCUAUUAUCCAAAACAAAAUAAACACACAAAAAAAACUAAUAAUUACUGGUUUACCAAUUACCAGUGGUUAAAAUUGUUAAGCACCCGUAUAAUGACCACUUUCAAGGGUAAUUUCGGCGACUAUAAAAUUAUCUCAAUCCUGGGCGAGUGUUCGGAAGGUAAGGCUGCAGUGCAUUUGGCCAAACAUAUUCCUUCAAGUACCAUGGUGGCUUUGAAGCGAUUCUACAUGGAUAAAAUGACUAAUGCUGAACAAACCUAUUCAGUUGAACUCGAAAUUGCCACCGCCAAGCAAUUACAACAUCCAAACAUUUUACAAUAUCACACAAACUUUGUUCAUGGUUUCGAUGUCUAUGUGGUAAGCCCACUAAUGGCGUAUUGUUCUUGUAGGGACCUGCUAAAUCAACAUUUCAAUAAUGGUUUACCUCAACAAGCAAUCCUAAUUAUUUUACGUGAUUUAUUGUGUGCAUUAGCUUAUAUGCAUAGAAAUGGAUACAUUCACAGAGCAAUUAAAGCCAGUCAUGUGCUGGUUUCUGAAACAGGCAAAUCUUGCCUAACAGGCUUCAAAUAUUCCUGUUUGAGGGUGCUGAAGGGUAAAUGGCAAAAUAACGUCCAUUCUUUUCUGUCAGACCCAAAACCAGUGUUAAAUUGGACUAGUCCAGAGCUACUGGAGCAAAAUUUACAAGGCUACAAUGACCAAUCGGAUAUGUACAGUGUAGGAAUGUUCAUAUGUGAACUGGCAAACGGUUCAGAGCCUUUUUUAGGUAUGGCGUGUACUUUGAUGCUUACUGAAAAGCUUAGAGGAUGUGUGCCUCAAUUAUUAGACUGUACUACUGUUCCUAGACAGACUGAGGGUGACUGUGUUAUAAGUCCUAUUAUAGUAAAUAGACGUUUUAGUAAGGAUUUACAUGAAGUAACCGGGUUGUGUUUGAGUAGAAACCCUAAUCACAGGCCAAAGGCUGGAAAGUUACUUAACCAUUCUUUGUUUAAAAGUAUUAAGAAAAGAACAUUAUCGUUAAAUGAGUUACUUAAGCCUGCAUUGCCUCUAAGCGACAAAGUAGCAUUUAAUAGAGAAGAUGUAGAGAAUUUAGAUGUCAAUCAUUUUUCAAAUUUGGCCCUCUGUACCUGGGAUUUUUAGGAAAUAUAAAUUUGGUUGUUGUUUUAAUUUGUAGUCGUUCAUUUUUAUAAAGCAUCUUGUUAUGGAUAGGUGCCUACUUAUUAUCAAUGUCAUGGUCUCAGAGUAACACUACAUAUUAUUCGUUCACAAUCCGAUGUCCACUGGUAAGGGUAAAAUGUAUUACCCUUCAAUGCUAUUUGAUAGGGAAAGGCAGGGCCGGAUUUAGGCACAGGCAACCAAGGCAACCGCCUAGGGCGCCAAAUUGACAACAAAUUUAUUUCGAGCGAACAAGUUAAAUUUUAAAAAAAUGUUCUAUAUCACAAGGAUGAUAGGGAGAUAAUAAAAGAUCCAACAACAUUGUCCGGUAAUAGUUAAUUUACGAAUCACCACUCUCACCUGUCACCGCUCAUCAAGACACUUUCGAUCCUCUUUGUCUCAAAACAGAUUGAAUGGACUUUCGCUCUGAGAAUUGAAAAUGUUAUAACCUUCGACCAUUGAACACACUCGAUCCCGAGGGUUAUACCAUGUUAGAUAGUGUAGAUCAGGGAUGUGCCGUAGACUAUGAAAUCUACUUUACUUGGUUUGUCUACUCGUUAUCUACGUAUUGUUUACAUCCACUUUUUUCCAUGUAGACUAUGUAAACUAUGUAGACAAUGUAGACUAUAGUGAAAACAACGGAAAAUUUGAAAUUUGAGUUAUUUUUUUUGAAAUUUUGCAUUGCAUUAAAUUUAUAUUGUAUUCAAUUAGUCAUUAUCUGCAGUUCAAUUAACUUUAAAAAACAAAAAACAAAGCAAAAACAGAAACAUAACGUUAAGGGCUGUCAACUGUCAAAAAUUGUAUACUUUACGCAUUGUCUACAUAUUUUACAAGUUGUCUACAUAGAUUACAUAGUUUACAUUGUCUACGCGUUGUUUACACCAGAACGUAGACAACCUUUAUUUACGCGUAGAUGCGCAUCCCUGGUGUAGAUUAUAGUAGGUCUGUUCUCACAGGAAUUACAAACCAGCCGGAGCGUUUUUGAUUGGCGCAAAUCUCCAACAACCAGUUUUAUGACUAUUUUCAACCAAUGAAAUUCCCUCUGACUGGUUUGUGAUUUCUGUGAGAAUAAACCUAUCAACGAACUCAUCUCUGACUUUGCAAGAUGUUAAGUCAGACUGGUUCAUUUUUAGUGUUGAUAAUUUAAUAGUUUUGAAAAACUAAUUUUGUGUUCAGUUAAUUUGAAAAAUACAUAUUAGGUAUACACGGGUGUCCGGAAAAUAUCGUAAAAGCUCUCCACUACAUAGUAGGGGAUCCUUUGAGUAACCCUGGAAAAAUAAUUUAAAAAGUUCUUCUCGACCAUUCUUGGAAAUAUGGAGAGGUAAAUGUGGAAAUUACACUUCCUUAUUUUUGAUUUUUCUUUCAAAUUGCAAUAUUUUGUACAAAGGGUUAUUAGGCGUCUUUUGUUGAUUCAUUACAUAUUAGUUUUAAAAUAAUUGUUGUUAACCUUUAAAACGCAUUAUGAAAAUUGCAAAAUCUCUAAAUUACAACAGGAAAAAUUGAUCUGACGACAUUUUUCAGUCACCUUCGAAUUUUCCAGGUAAUAACAUAGGUAUUUAAUUUAAUUCUGUGACAAAUUGUCAACGGGAUAUUUUCAGUGUUGCCGAUUUUAAUAAACAUUAAAAUGCUAAUAACUUUCUUAAGAAUGCCACCAGAUUUUUUAAAUUAUUUUUCUGGGGUUCCUUGAAGGGUCCCCUACUACGUAGUGGAAAGCUUUUACGGUAUUUUCCGGACACCCUAUAUAUCUAUUUUUUUAUAUCUACAAUAUAGAUCUGUUCUCACAGACAUCACAUACCUAUCAGAGCAAAUUUCAUUGGUUAUAAACUAUCAGAAAACUAGUUUCUGGCGAUUUGCACCAAUCAAAAAUACUCCGACUGGUUUGUGAUUUCUGUGAGAACAGACCUCAUGUAAUAAGUAAACGUAUGAUAUACGCUUCUGAAAAAAAUAAAGUUACUUUUUUGUCUUACUCUCUAAGCGAUAGCCUAAAAUUCAUUGUUUAUCAUAUUGAUCUUUAACCAUUUUGACAAAUCAAUUUGAGAAGGGGGGCGCCAGAAUUGAACUUUGCCUCAGCAUAAAAUACCUAUUGGACCGGCCCUGGGGAAAGGUGAUAAAUGUACCUGCACCUGUGGACAUCGGAUUGUGAACAGAAUAGAAAUAGAGAGGGCAAGUCUUUCAUAAAAACGCUGGGUUUUUGAUAAAAUGUUGAAACAUGUUUCUUUUAUUUUCAAGUGAAAUAUUAACAAAGUAAUAGGCGAUUUUGUUGAGACAAUGUCCAAAAUUGUGCAAUCAAUUUCUAAUUUUUUACAAGCCCUUAAACAUCGAAAAAACACUUUUCCACUAAUUUUGACCUCCUCUUUUGAUUAGUGAAGUCAAAAAUUUGAAAAAAAAAUUGGAAUUUUCCAAAAACAAAAUUUGAAUUUCAAAAGGCCAUAUUUCGAGAACCAGUGAAGUUAUCGGCAAGAAUCUUUUACCCAAUUGUAGCUCUUGAUAAGGGUUAUAAAAAAGGUUCUCUAAGACUCCGAGCCCAAGGGCUUCUCUUUUAAGAGAAACGGCUUUGGAGUUUUUGCGAAAUUUGGGACAAAGAUUCAACUUUGAGCCUCAAUAUCUUCAAAAGUAUUUAAGAUAGCGAAUUGAAACUCAUUUUAUCUCAAAGAUAAUUUAAUUUUGAUUCAGAAUAUAUAAUUAUGCAUCAUAUUUUGUGCAAUAUUAACUCAGUAAUAAGCGAUUUUGUGAGACAAUGUCAGAUUAUUGAAAUUUUUUGAGCCCAAAAAUUGCAAAAAUCGUUAAACAUAGUAAAACAGCAUAUCAUACAAGAUAAAAGCAAAAUAUUCGUUAACAAAUAGAAUAAUAAAAACAUGGUUAGUAUUCCCCAACUCAACUUUAGCUCCAAUAUCUGAUAGAGCAUAAUGCAUAAGUGAAGAAGUUCUAGAUACAAUACAACAAUUAGAUUGAGAAAGCCGGACCAUAAUUGUCUAACUCUAUGGAAUGGAUUCUGUGGCCAUGGAAUAGUGACCUGAAACAUCACAUUUCAAAUUUAAAAUUGAAGCUCAAGAACUUGAAUUUUUAAACUUGGAAUGUUGAGCACAUUCAAAAAUCCACCCUGUAUUAUAAAAAAAUAUUAAACUAGGCACAACAAGUGUCUUUCCAUUAUCAUUAUAGAAAUAUAUAAAUGAAAAGAAUUUAGAAUAUUUUGGCAUAGAUAGAGGUAGACAUCAUAUUUGACAUAAUUUAACUUUCUCUGGUUUACAUUUUCAAAUCGAAGACCAUAUUUAAAAACUGUUCAUAAUGAAUUGUGAUGUAACCAUCCUGGUCAGUAUCAUAUUUCCUGAAUGCCGAGGUAAGAGUCUAAAAUGAUUUAUUUUCUUUAAAUUCUGUGGACACUAGCAAAACAUUAUACUUACAUGUAAGUUAAUGCAGGCUUGAAUAAAAUCAUCGAACAAUAUGGUCCCGUUUCCAUGUCUAUCAAAUUUCCUGACCAUUGUGUUAAUUAAAUUAUCAGACAAUCUAUAGCCAAACGAUGUUAGGGCCGUUUUGAGUUCCUCUCUGUCUAUGUUUCCUGAAUGAUCUCUGUCAAACGACCUGAAGCAAUUUUGCCAGUCUGUUACGUACUUCCAUAGGGCUCCGAAAUCUUCAAAACUAAUUUGGCCUUUUUGGUGACGAUCAAACAUA